AUGUUCACAGCGUUGAUUACAGGCAAGGUUUGGGGCUGGAUUGGAGACGGACGAGUCGAGAUCCUUGAGCAACAGCCGCCGGCCAAUCCGGGCCUUUUCCACACGCGACUCAGCUUGUCUCUGCUGCUCAGUCUUGCCUACGAUCUCUGGAUCCUGGCCUACACCAUUCGAACCGUGAUCCGACAAGCUCGACCAGACAUGAUGGUCAUGUUCCUUUUCGAGUUCGCAGUGCUCGCCACUUGCUCUGCCCGCACUGGCGUUCGAUACCUGGUCUCCAUACUCGAGAGUCGCAUUGUCAAGCAACAGACAAAGACGCUACUCGAGGAGCGACGCCGCGAAGUCCGACGGACCCGGGACAACAUGAUGAGACAACGAGCCCAGGAGCCUAGCGCUGAUGGGGAGACUACCGCCGACCAGUCCGACCUCCCGCGUGAAGAAGACGUUGAUGAGAUGGACAUCGAGGUACCAGGCUGGGAAGAAAAAGGCCAAUGGAUUCUCAUUCUGGACCUUGUCGCUGAUUGCACCAAAUUUUCGAUCUACAUCGUCUUCUUCUUCAUACUCUUCUCCUUUUACGGACUACCCAUCCAUAUCAUGAGGGACCUGUUCAUGACUGGGCGCGCCGUCAUCAAACGAGGCUCGGCUCUAUGGAAAUACCGCAAGGCAAUGGAAGACAUGAACAAUUACGCCGACGCCACGCAAGAAGAUAUUUCCAGAGAGGAUACUUGUAUCAUUUGCAGAGAGGAGAUGAGACCCUGGGAUCCUGCCAAUAACCCUGGCGCCCUCCAGCGAAUCCGACCCAAAAAGCUUCCAUGUGGCCACAUCCUUCACAUGGGUUGCCUCAAGAGUUGGCUAGAGCGUCAACAGGUCUGCCCCACAUGCCGCCGUUCGGUUGUCAUCAAUGCUCCUCCUGCAGCAGCGAACCGGGAUGCCGCCCUAGGCCGACUCGGUCUCGGUGUGCCAGCAGCCCCAGCACCAGUCGGUCAAGCCCAGCCCCAAGCCCAGCGCCCACUGCCAGCAAACGGCCAAAAUGGCGGCCCACAAGCUCCAGCGCAGCCUGCUGCUGGCCAGCCUGCUCCUCGAAAUGGAGGCGCGCGGGUGUUUAAUUUUGGCAACUUACGUGUUGGAUUCGCUCAAGGGGGAGAGAACAUACAGGAAUUAGCGCAGCGUAUGGCACAAGGUCGCCAAGGAGGCGCGACUCCAGGCCAUCCUGCCCCGGCCACGCCGAUUACUCCGACUGUUGCUACUCCAUCAGUACCCUAUGGCGUUCUGGGUAACGAUGUUGGAUCGAUACGAGAACGUCUUCGUGAAGUUGAACGUUCUAUCCAGAGUAACCUUUUGAGUCUUCAACAAGACCAACAGCAGCUCCAGCUCUGCAAUCUCCUACUCGCAGAGCUGAACAGGCUCCGUCAGCAACAGCAACAGCAACAACAACAACCACAAGUGCCGAAUCAAGAGGUGCCACAUGGGUUCACCGUGCCCACCUUCUCUGUUCCACAACAGCCACUGCCGUCACUGCAGCCGUUCUCACAGACGCCGUCACAUGCCUUUAGUCGGCAUGGGAUCACAGCGCAGUCGGCUCCCAUCCACGCUGGUAGCCAGGACCUGCCCGAAGGUGUCUCCAUACCUCCGGGCUGGUCUCUGCUCCCUCUCCAGCGCCUGGACGGAGCCCCAGUUCCCACGACGACCCAGAGCACCCAGAGUGAGCCCUCUGUGGAGCCUUCAAGCUCAACACGUCAGAACGAAGCAGUGCCGCCCGCAGCUACUGCCAACGGGACGACCGGCGGACCCGAGAUCCUGGCACCUAACCCCGUCAUGCCCAACUGGGGUGGCGAGAAUCAGCUCUUUGGCCGCAGCAGGAGUUCCGCCCGAGACGGCAACUCGGACACCACAUCGACGACGGACGAGCCGAGGGAAAAGAGCCCAGCCGUCGCGCCGCCGGCAUCGGCACAGCCUACAAUGGUCGCUGGUAGGGCCGGCGAGGAAAAGGGCAAGGCCAAGGCUGUCACGGUCGAGGACGCGGGUGAUGACCAGGAGGGCGAUGCCUCGUAG